AUGGCUAUGGGUCAAUCUGAAGAGCUGGUUCUGAAGGGAACCCUGAUUGGACACUCUGACUGGGUCACCCAGAUCGCCACCAACCGCCAGUUCCCCGACACUAUUCUCUCGUCUUCCCGAGACAAGACUCUGAUCGUGUGGAAGCUGAACCAUGACGAUACCAACUACGGGUAUCCCUUCAAGCGCCUCCGCGGCCACGGUCACUUCAUCACCGACGUUGUGCUCUCCCAGGACGGCCACUACGCCCUCUCCGGCUCAUGGGACAAGACCCUGCGCCUAUGGGAUCUGAACGUGUGCAAAACCACUCGCCGCUUCGAGGGACACACCAACGAUGUUCUGUCGGUGGCUUUCUCGCCCGAUAACCGACAGAUUGUCUCUGGCUCGCGCGACAAGUCCAUCAAGCUGUGGAACACUCUGGCUCAGUGCAAGUACUCCAUCCACGAGCCCAACGCCCACACUGACUGGGUCUCCUGCGUGCGAUUCUCGCCCUCCAACAACAAUCCCAUCAUCGUCAGUGCCGGCUGGGACCGAAUGGUCAAGGUGUGGAACCUUGCCAACUGCAAGCUGAAGACCAACCACAUUGGUCACACUGGCUACCUGAACACCGUCACCGUGUCCCCUGACGGCUCUCUGUGCGCCUCUGGUGGCAAGGACUUUAAGGCCAUGCUCUGGGAUCUGACCGAGGGCAAGCACCUGUACACCCUUGACCACAACGACAUCAUCAACGCGCUCUGCUUCUCGCCAAACAAGUACUGGCUCUGCGUUGCCACCGGCCCCACCAUCAAGAUCUGGGACCUGGAGAACAAGAACCUGGUUGAUGAGCUGAAGCCGGAGAUUGUGGCCAGCAAGGGCAAGGCUCCGCAGUGCACCUCCCUCGCCUGGUCUUCGGAUGGUUCCACGCUCUUCGCCGGCUACACCGACCACCAAAUUCGCGUCUGGCAGGUGUCGUUGAACAGCCGUUACCGCCGUCUACCUCAUUGGACAGUAACACAAACGAUUGCCAAUUUUCAUCCUCCAUCGGUGGUGAACGUGACUACCACUUCAAGCAACACAAAGAGCGACAUUUCCAUUGCGGCAAUUGCUGAUCACUGUCUACCUGGACUAGUUGGAAGUAAAGGCGCUAAAGGCGAGAAGGGCGCCAGAGGCCUAGAUGGUAUUGGCGGCGUAGUCGGGCCACCAGGGCACGUUUUUCUAGUGCCACUGCCAGUCUCGACGGACACCAAGGGCCCAGACCAAACGGAUUCGUUGCGAGCAAUACUAGAGCAUCAUGCGCACAUUUUAAAAGGACCUAGAGGUGCUCCUGGUAAAAGUGGCCCAGUAGGCCCUAGAGGCGAGCAAGGAGGUUACGGAGAGAAAGGAGAGGGUUUUCCUGGAGCCGCAUCUAAACCUCCUAAAGAUGGAGAAAAAGGAGAUAAAGGUGAUCAAGGAGAGCAAGGCGUUCCUGGGCCGGUUGGCGAUAUUGGGCCUAGAGGCCUUCCCGGAGGACGUGGCCCAAACGGAAAAGUUGGACCUAGAGGGCCCCAAGGUCGCGAUGGACCUCAAG